AUGGCCAUCAUCCAAGGCUGGCUCCCAGCAAGCCGUGAGAACUAUGAGCUCAUCCUGGCCGUGUGGACAUGGUUCCCCGUGGCCUGUUCUCUCCAGUGGGCCGUCAGCUGGUACGGCAUGGGCAAGACGUCGGUCAAGUCGCCGCUCAACAUGCCGGGCCGCGUCGCCUGGUUCGCCAUGGAGUGCCCGGGCUUCCUGACGCUGCUGUACAUCAUGAACACGCUGCCGGCCCAGCACGGCAUCACGGACCUGCCCUGGCAGAACAAGGUCCUCUCCGGGCUCUUCGUGCUGCACUACUGCUACCGCGCCGUCAUCUUCCCCUUCAUCCAGCCCUCCAUGUCGCCCAUCCACGCCCUGGUGGCCGCGAGCGCCCUCUUCUUCCAGCUGUGCAACGCGACCUGCAUCGGCUGCUGGCUCGCCGCCUACGGGCCCACGACGCAGGCCGAGUGGGACGCCCAGGGCUUCACCGUCCUGCGCUUCGCCCUGGGGAUCGGGCUGUUCUACGUGGGGCUCACUGGCAACUACUUCUGCGACGAGGACCUUCGCGAGAUCCGCCGCAAGGAGACGAGGCGGCAGGCGAAGCUGGCCGGCCAGGGCAAGAAGGGCGUCGAGAAGCACUACUCGGUCCCGCAGAACGGCCUGUUCAAGUACAUGCUGUACCCGCACUACUUCAUGGAGUGGGUAGAGUGGUUGGGCUUCUGGAUCGCCGCCGGCGUCUCCUGCGCCCCGGCCCGGUGCUUCCUGCUCAACGAGUUCUUUGCCAUGCUGCCGCGUGCUGUUUCGGGGAAGAAAUGGUACAAGGAAAAGUUUGGCGAAGACAAGAUCAAGGGCAAAUAUGCGGCUAUCCCCGGUGUGUUGUAA